AUGUCCUGGUGUUUUCUUUUAGUAUUCAUUUUUCUUUUGUUUAUCUACAACUCGUUCCGGCCGCGUGACGCUUGGUCUCCGUUUCCCAAAACAACACCCAGAAUCCAUAAUUUUGAGAAACGCCCCCGCGAGAUAAAAUUGGAACAAAGUGGAGACAUCAACACCCUCCAGAGAUAUCGAUAUAAGACGCACCGGGAUAAACCCAUGGACGACCAGGAUUACUAUUCAUCCCAAAUCAUAGCGCUUUUAUCCACUGAACAAGACCUUCGACAUUUUGCCCAAGAGGAGGUGUUUGUGCGCGAUUUACCGGGUGAACCCGAAGAAUCAAAGACCAGACUUCGAAAGAUUAACAGGACACUUUGGGGCCUCAAGCGCAAAUGGUGGAAACACCGGACUGAGUUCGGACAAGGGGUUUUGUCAAGAGCGUUCGACCUAUGGCGAUCAAAUCCCCUGUGGUAUAUGCAUGAAGUUUUAGUCGAGGAUUGCGCCCAGAAGCAAGGCUGCUGCGCGCGGGGAUGUGGAUGUUGCGAAAAGCGCCAGAAGACCUCAACUCGCCAUGCCGCCGGUCAUUGUGCUCUUACAUGUGGAUGUUGCAGAAAACAUCGAGGCUUUGAGCUCACCCCAGAAGAAGAGGAGGAUAUCCACAACGAAUUUGACCUUGAUGACGACGGUGAUUUCUACGAACGGAUCGAGUUGGCUUCUAUCUGGGGAUUGCGUUUGAACUUCAACAACGCUCCUAAUGAUCUGAUCAAAUUACAGUGUGGGCUAGAUUAUGCUGGGAAUUCAGAUGAUGAUUUGCUUGGUUUUGAACGUUCUGACGACGAGGAUGACUUUUCUUUAACAACGGUGUCAUCCUGA